AUGACGUAUUCGACAAUAGUUAGCGUAAAGCCCAUUGACGCUGAGAAACGUAUGGACUCUGCACGCUCUAUAUGCAACUCUCCAUUAUCUAUUUCCGAUGUGGGUUUUAACAGCACCCUAGGACCUUUAGAAAGCAACAAGGUGAAUACUGCUAGUACUAACAACAACGCGAAAUCAGGUGAUAAUCUUGAACAACCUAAAUCGCAGGACGGUAUGCGUGCCCUAGCUUUGGGUUCCGUUGAUAUUAAUGACGCUUUUGCGCAUCCUAUGAGCAGUUCCCAGUCGCUCAAGCGCAAGGCUGUUGAAGAUGCCGAAGAAAUGCAGGGUCAAAAGAUCAAGAAGAUCAAGAAGAUCAAGACAGAGCAGCUGACGUCUGGUGAAACUGAGAGUGACUAUGUGCCAACUGACAAUGAGGAGGAUGAAGAAGAGCACGUUUACAAGUCUUCUACUUUUCGUGAUGGAUGUGGAAAUGUUGAGUUAAGUUUCGAUGCUAAUGUUGAAUGUAGCAGAGAGUUGCCCCGCCGUUGCAGCCGUCGUACGCUUUACAUUGAGUAUUGGAGCCGAACCGGUGAGUGUAAGGAGCGCAAGUGGGAUCAUCUUGAUGAGAUUGCCAAGACUUAUGGGUCAGCUGAGGAUCAUAUUUUUGCUACUACUCUGAAGGGUAGAACUGCGUUUCUAGAACCCAAUAUGUUUCCCUAUGACACUCCUGCAGGCAUUGAGCACUGGACGCUGUGGCACGUGAAGGAUCUGAAUCAUGAACAGGUGGCCGAGGGGCUCACGGUGCUGCAUGGCCGCAAGGUGGAGAAUUUGGUGCACGAGAUAGAUUGA